AUGUCCAGUACAGUACCUGAACCAGAGACACCAUUACAUGUGGGACCUGAUGCUAAUAUGGAUUUAGAUAAUUUAAUUGAAUUAGAUGAAAAAGAAAUCGAUGAUUUAAAUUUAGAUCCAGGAAUUGAUGAAACACCAUCAUUUACAGAUAUUCCAAAUCAAGCCGCUUGUCUUGCUGCUGCAAAUACUUCAAAUCAUAAGAGGACUUUAAUUUCUGAAGAAGAUGAUGAUUUCACUACUGAAAGACAACAUGAAGAUUUUGAUAGUGCACAUGAUUAUCAACCUCGUAUAAAUUUUAAAUCACCAUUUUCUGGAGCUAAUGAUAGCAAUAAUUCAGUAAAGAAAGAAAUCCAAACGAUUGAUGUUCCAAUCAAUGAUGUUAAAAAACAUAGAAAAUUAUCAAUGAGUCAACAAUCUAAAUUUAUCACUUACGUCGAUGCAAGAUUAAUGGAAAUUCAAAGAAAAUUUGUUCAAUCAAGAGGUUUAAAUAGUGAAAAAGGUUAUUUAUCAUUGACGACUUUAUUACAUGACAUUAAAUCAUUGUUAGAUUUUAUUUGGUAUUCUAUUGAUAAUAUGCCACAUACUGAUUAUCUUUUACAAUUAGAAAAAUUUGAUGAUUUUGAAAAUUUACUUGAAGGUGAUAACACUAAAUUAUCAAAUGAAAAAAUUCCUAAUCAAUCUCAUAAUUUUGGUCAAGCCUCAUUUAUUAUUAAAAUUGCCGAUGAUUUAAUGGAUUAUAUUGAAAAAUUUGAAAUAACUGAUGAUCCAUUAGAUGAUGAUGAUCCAGAUGCUGCAACAAUCCCAAAAAUAUUUAAAUUAUUUCGUAUAUUAGAUCGUAUAUUUAGAUCUUUAAUUGCAGGACAAAAUGAAAAUAAAGUUAUCUUAAAUUCAACAGAUAGGAUAAGAUUUAUGGCUAUUGCUGAAAGAACAAGAAUGAGAUUACCUCAAUAUUUCGAAAAAAAUAAUAUUCAUGGAUAUCAUUUCGAAUUGAGUAAAAUAUAUGAACAAAGUCUAGAUUAUUGUGCAUACUAA